AUGGCCAAGCCAAAAUUACAACUCGAGUCCAAUAGCAUAUUAUCGGAAUUCGUAAAUAAUGUUUUCGAGAACGUAUUGCUCAUCUUGAUGGCACUAUUCUUUUCGUUCGGAGGUUCACUACUGUCGAGCGGGAAAACUACAGGUUCGGGUGAACCAAACGUGCAACUAAUCCUGGUAGCGAACCAACCCAAGCACCUUUACGAGGUCCUCAAGAAGGCCACGGGUAAAGACAUGAGUCUCAAUAUAGAAGAGGGUCAAAGAUGCCGAACGUCCGCACGUGGUCACAAGAGACACCAAACACGUUGUCAUUCCACGCCCACCUAUUAA